AGUUUUCAGGUAAAUAAGUGAAAAUAAUCGUGUAAACAACUGAUGUUUACAAACAACUGAUGUUUGCAUUAGAACAAAGAUGGAGAAAUAUGAAAAGAUCAAAGUGAUCGGAAAAGGAGCUUUUGGAACUGUCCAUCUAACGAUCCGGAACGAGGACAAGAAGUUGUUGAUAUUGAAGGAAAUAUCGAUGGAGGAUAUGACGGCUGACGACCGAGCUUCUACUCUGAAUGAAGUGCAGAUUCUAAAGGUUCUAAAACACCCCAACAUUAUCCAAUAUUAUGAAAACUUUCUUGAAGGAAAUAAUCUGGUUAUUGCUAUGGAAUAUGCACAAGGUGGAACUUUAUACGACUUCCUCAUGUCUCAGUCUUCACCAUUAAAGGAGGAAAACGUGACCAACUUGUUCAUGCAGAUUGUGGUUGCGUUACACCACAUACACACUAUGAAUAUUCUACACAGAGAUAUUAAGCCUCAGAAUAUUCUUCUGGAUCGAAAAUGUAAAGUUUGUAAAUUGUCCGACUUCGGAAUCUCUAAGGUUUUGAACACGAAGACCAAAGCUUUCACGGUAGUAGGCACCCCGUGUUAUAUAUCACCGGAGUUAUGCAGAGGAAUGGCUUACAACCAGAAGAGCGACAUCUGGGCGUUGGGGUGCGUUUUGUUCGAGUUAAUGACGGGAAAGAAAGCGUUUGAAGCGCCGAACAUAUCUGCGCUGGUGAUUAAGAUCACUAGUGGGCAGUAUAAGGUGAGCGAGUUACCGAAGAUAUACUCGGGGCAACUUGUGGGUCAACUCAAACGACUCCUCUCGUUAGACCCCACAGAAAGACCUUCGGUGGACGAAGUUUUAUCGGAACCUUUCUUCGUUUGUCCGUUGAUCGAUCUUUACCUGAAUAUUGGAGCUGUGCAAGUCAAGAACUCAAAAUCUCCUCCCACUUUAUCCCCUAGUGGUGCUCGUGGUCGAGCUGUUGUUUCCAAUCUUCAUCAUACGUCGUCAAGUUUGUCCGUGGAUACAAUGCCUGGGAACAAGAACCCGAAACAUUACACUGUUUAUUGUUGGGGAAACGGAGUCUCCACGCCCAUAAAGCUACCACUGCCCAACUCUGAUACCCAGGUACUUCAUGCAUGCGUGGGGCGAACACAGAAAGCUUGCGUGACAGGGAGCAGGAGGUUGCUCUCUUGGGAGACAACUUCCAGUACAAGUCUACCUGGUUCGUUUGGCGAUUCCCAACUCAUGCCAUCGUAUCUCCCUAGGUUCAUGGAAGGCCAAUCGGGGGUUAAUAUUAAACAAGUAGCAUGUGGUGAAUUGCACACAGCUUGUUUAACCGACAGAGGAAUCCUGAUGACGUUUGGAAGCGGAAGCAACGGUUGUUUGGGUCACGGUAACUUUCAAGAUGUGGAAAAGGCAACCAUCGUCGAGCAACUCCUGGGUUCUGAGCUCAUAGAAAUAGCAAGUGGUUCCUACCACAUGCUGGCAGUAACGAGCGACGGGGAAGUAUUUUCAUGGGGAAAGGGGGACAACGGGAGGUUAGGAUUGAACAGCGAGGAGACAGUGGCUGUUCCAAUGAUGGUUCCACUCCCUGAAGUUAUUGAGCCAUGUUCAGUUUCUUGUGGGGUGGAUUGUUCAAUGAUUUCUACGAGGUCAAAGAUGGCACUCGCUGCUGGGAGUAAUCAUCAUAAUAGACUUGGUUUGGACGUAAUCCACGAUGGAAAGAUCUUGAAAGAAACAACCGAAUCCUCGUGUUUUGUUCCGUUAAGAUCGGAACCAAUUUCGCUGGGAAAUAUUUCAAAGAUAUCGCUCGGUUUGCAGCAUUCGGGGAUCAUUACAACUGAUGGGUCGUUGUACAUGUUUGGAUUAAACAACUGUGGUCAACUUGGUACGUUACCUUCUCAAUCUGCACCAAGGAUGCCACAUAAAGUGACAGCUGUUAAAAAUGCCAAGUUCUCCGCUGUUAGCUGUGGUGGUUCAUUCACAAUCGCUGCUACUGAUGAUCACCAAGUUUAUUCCUGGGGUAAACCAUCCAGGGGACAACUGGGUAGACCAACUUCCGACACAAAGAAUGUUUCGAGUCCAGCUCAAUUGAAACUACACGACCCACUAGUGGAUAUGGAGGUUGUAUCGUUAUCUGCAAGCCAUGGCAACACUCUGCUUGUCGUGUCAGGUGCUCGGCCAAACAUAGAUUCAAAGUUCAGGAAUAGUUGGGACACGAACACGUGGAGGGAAGAAGGGAAGAAAACGUCUCCGAGAUGAACAGAAUUAUUUUAACAGCAAUUUACCUAAGCUACUAACAACCUUUGUUCUGUUACUGAUAUUUCAUAGUUCAAAGAUUAGGACCAGGCUUGAUUUAAGCCGGAACCUACUCAAUCAAAUUCUGGAAGUCGUAGUUACUUUAUGGUUUAUUAAAAUAGGAACACUUUAAACCUAGAUUGGGACUAUGUUUGAUUACUUUGUUAUCUGAAUUAACUAAUAGUUCUGUAAUUUCUGAUCUUACAAAUCUAGCCCUGGAUUUAUACAUAAGCAAUUUCAUAAUGAAAUACAACUCAUUCGAACCUUACUAAUUAAAAGAUGCCCCGUUAUUACAUGUAAUUUUUUAUAUUGUAACACUCGUGCAUUUUAAGCUUUAAAUUGUGACUUGUACUUCCUUUGUAUGGUGCAGAAACUAUGAGUGCUUGUUUCAUGUAUGUUAUUUAUCUCUUGCACUUGAAAUAAAAAAAGAUGAAAUAAAA